CCAGGCCCUCACUCCCCUGCCUGCUGUGAUCCAUGGGGCCAGAGAUGAAGCGAAGAGGACUAAGAUUUGGAGACCACACGGUGGAAUGAGACAUGAUUCCUGCUCUUGGGAGCUCAGCCUGCUGGAGAAGAUGGGCACGGAUAGAGUCCACCACAGGCCCCAUGCUGCUCUGGACGGCUGUGCUGCUCUUCGUUCCCUGUGUUGGGAAAACUGCCUGGCUGUGCCUCCAAGCCUGGCCAGACCCUGUGUUUGAAGGAGAUGCCCUGACUCUGCGAUGUCAGGGACGGAAGAAUAUAUCAGUGUCUCAGGUGAAGUUCUACAAAGAUGGGAAAGUCCUUCAUUUCUAUGAGGGAAAGCAGACUCUGUCCGUGGGAGCAGCAACACUGCAGAGCCGUGGCCAGUACCACUGCACCGGGCAGGUGAUGUAUAUUCCACAGACGUUCACACUAAUUUCAGAGGCUGCCAUGGUUCAAGUCCGAGCUCCUGUGUCCCGCCCUGUGCUCACUCUGCAACACGGGCCCGCUGACCCUGCUGUGGGGGACGUGGUGCAGCUCCUCUGUGAGGCCCAGAGGGGCUCCCCUCCGAUCCGGUAUUCAUUCUACCUUGAUGAGAAGAUUGUGGGGAACCACUCAGCUCCCUGUGGUGGAUCCGCCUCCCUGCUCUUCCCGGUGAAGUCAGAGCAUGAUGCUGGGAACUACUCCUGCGAGGCUGAGAACAGUGUCUCCAGAGAGAGGAGUGAGCCCAGGAAGCUCUCUCUGAAGGGUUCUCAAGCCUUGUCUACUCCCACCGGCAGCAACCGGCUGGUUCCUUGGCUGCCUGUGAGCCUGUUUGGCAUGAUGGUCAUUGCUGCUGCAUUUCUGGUUUAUUUGAGACCCUGGAGAAAAGCUGGACCCCUUCCAUCCCAGAUACCACCCACCACUCCAGGUGGAGAGAGGUGCUCACCAUAUGCCAAUGGGCAUCACCAGGAAGAGAAAGGUGAAGGUGUCGUCUACUCUGUGCGGCGUGGGACCUCACGGAGAGUGCAGCCAGGCCUGCUGAGUUCACCGCAGGAAUAAAGGACAGUUCUGUCAUCUAUGCAGAGGUGAGAUGCCUGCAGCCCAGUGAGGUUUCAUCCAAGGAGUUGAACGUAAGAAGCAGGACCCUCCAAGACCCCCUUGGCGGCUGUGAGGAGGUUCUCUGCUAGUGAUGGUGUUUUCCUGUCAACACGCGCCCAUUCCCGGGCUCCAGUGCUCCCCGGGAGGACCGUGGACUCCUUGCCUCUUUUUGUGGGUCC